UUCUCACCGUCUUGUUCACUUCAUGCUUCUAAGUAUUUAUUUAUGACCUUAAUUAAAACGACCCUCACGCGCCGCUUUUAAAAGAGAAAACGCAACAUUAUAAUAGAAAAUAGAGAAGAAAGUGGAAGGAAAGAAAAAAAGAUUGAGUUUGUGAUGUAAGUAAAGUAAUGCAUCAAAAGAAAUCAGAAAUUCAGAUCGGAAAAGAAAGCACCGGUGUCUCUUCCGAUUUCAACCCUAAACUCUAUCACCAUUCAAUUCAUCAUUAUAAUCACAAUCAUCACAAACAACAUUCUUCACCAAUUCAUUACAAUUACAAAAACAAAAACAAAAGCACUAAUUCCAAAUCCCUAACUUUUUUCAAAUUCCCCCAAUUUUCAAAACACUGUUUAUAUUCUCUCUCCGUCGCCGCACUCCGUCGUCUCCGUCUUCGCUUCCGUCUCGUUCUCCUUCUCUCCUUUCCGUUCUUUUACUUUCUACUCUCCCGUCCUACUCACUCCUUCUUCUUCAACUUCCUCUCCGCCUUCGCUUUCUCCGCCGCACUUUUCUUCUCUCUCUCACUCAAAUUCAAAUCACCUCCGUCGCUUCCUAUUGUCUGGACUGUACAGCGGUGGAGGGGACGCCGGACGGAGAAGAAAACGUCGUGCAACGCGGUGGUUGUUGUGGAGGUUAGGGUUUUUUCAAACGGUGAUGUUUAUGAAGGGGAAAUGAUGGGAGAGAGAUGUUGUGGGAGUGGUGUUUACUACUAUAAUAUGAGUGGGAGAUAUGAAGGGGAUUGGGUUGAUGGUAAAUAUGAUGGGUUUGGUGUUGAGACUUGGUCUAAAGGGAGUAGAUAUAAGGGUCAAUACAGAGAAGGUUUGAGACAUGGGUUUGGGGUUUAUAGAUUUUAUACUGGUGAUGUUUAUGCUGGUGAAUGGUUGAGUGGACAGAGUCAUGGUUGUGGUGUUCAUACUUGUGAUGAUGGUAGUAGAUUUGUUGGAGAGUUUAAGUGGGGUGUUAAGCAUGGUCUUGGCCACUAUCAUUUUAGAAAUGGAGAUACAUAUGCUGGUGAAUAUUCUGGGGACAAGAUGCAUGGGUUUGGGGUAUAUGGUUUUGCAAAUGGUCAUCGUUACGAAGGAUCCUGGCAUGAGGGAAAAAGGCAAGGGCUUGGAAUGUAUACGUUUAGAAAUGGAGAAACCCAAUCUGGUCACUGGCAAAAUGGAGGCCUUGACGUUCCAAGCACACAGAACGCCACAUAUCCAGUUAGUCCUGUUGGUGUCAAUCACUCCAGAGUACUUAAUGUGGUGCAGGAAGCUAGAAGAGCAGCUGAGAAGGCCUAUGAUGUUGCCAAGGUAGAUGAAAGAGUGAAUAGAGCAGUAUCAGCAGCUAAUAGAGCAGCCAAUGCAGCUAGAUUAGCUGCUGUCAAGGCUGUGCAAAAGGAAAUGCAUCAUGCUAACAAUGACAACAUCCCAAUUUCCGUUUUAUGAGGCUAUCAAGUAUCAACUACAACUUUUGUUUUAGUAGAGAAGCAUGAGAUUGAGGACAAGAAUGGUAGCUAACUACUCUGAUGUAAACUGUUGCAUGUACAUUGCCAUCAUCUCCAUCGGUUUCUGGUUGAAAGCAAGCAGAUAGUUUUAUUAUCUAUCUGUUAUGAGUCUUGUAUAGAGGGAAAGAGGGUGAUGAGUGAUGACAUUCACAUGAUAAAAUUAAAUGCAUAAUUGCAUAUUGCCUACAUUUUUGUAAACUUAUAUAGUUGUAUAUGCUGGUGGUGAAACCUCACCCUAACUACUGUUGUAAGAUGGCAUGGUAAAAGUAAUAAGAGAAACAGUAUUAUUUACAA